UUAUGAAAGAAUAUUUGAAAUAGAAGAAUUUUGACUUGUUUUGACGUGGAUGCAACGAAAGUUGAAUCGAAGGAGGAACGGCAUUAGCGUCUUCUCUCUCCAUCGCAAAACGUGUUUUCCCUCUGAAUUUGCGGACCCAAAGCAGUUGAAAACCCAAGACCCUCUUUUGAACCUUCCCUUCCUUCAUUUCUCCGUUUGCUCUUCCUUCGCUGCGAAGGAUUUGCAAACAUGAACGGAAAAGCCUCCGUUUCCAAGGAGCUCCACGCCAGGCACACCAAGAUAUUGGAGGGACUUGUUAAGCUACCUGACAACAGGGAAUGUGCAGACUGCAGGACCAAGGCACCACGGUGGGCAAGUGUGAACUUAGGGAUAUUCAUUUGCAUGCAAUGUUCAGGAAUUCACCGGAGUCUUGGAGUGCAUAUAUCAAAGGUGCGGUCCACAACAUUGGAUACAUGGUUGCCAGAUCAAAUUUCUUUUAUGCAAUCAAUGGGUAAUGUGAGGUCAAAUAAGCACUGGGAGGCACAAUUACCGCCAAACUUUGACAGAAAUGGAUAUGGAAUUGAGAAAUUUAUUCGUUCCAAGUAUGUGGAGAAAAGAUGGGCUUCGGAAGGUGGACCACAACCAGCUUCUAAAGCUGAGAUAAUCUUCAACUCGAAUGCAUCUGCUGGGGCUAGGAGUGCUAAUCCAAGGAAUAGGAGAUUGUCUCUUGAGGAAAGCAUUCUUGUGAACCACAUGUCACAUAUUCGGCCUCCGAUAACAAAACCUCAUGAGGUCUCCUCAGACUUGCCACAGAUGAUUUCACCACAAUUAAGGAGGCCAUCUGCAUCAUUUGAUUUUGACAACCCCAGGGUAAAGAACAAUGAUACAGUUGAUCUUUUUGGCAUGCUUUCCAUCCAUGACGAUAAAAAGAAUUUCUCAACUACACCUCCUAGCUGGACAACAUUUGAUUGACAAGGCUUAUGAGGUGUAUGUUCGUAGAUUGUUGAGCUAGCCCUUUGCAUAGAUGUCAUAACAUUAUAGUUGCAGACGAUCUUGUGAUGUUGCAUGAACUUUGAGCUGCAUUGGUCAGAAUUUCCUGAAAUAGUUCAACUCAGCUCAAAGUUUUAGGACAUAUUUCUAUCAACACACUACAGCAGGAUAUAAAUUUAGUGCACAUCUGCACCACUUUGGCGUUGAUGUAUCACACAUCCUGAGGUCGUCCAUAAAAUGUGUCAGUUCAAGAGUCUGUGACUGAAGAUGUUUUCAUAUGCCCCAGCCUAAGUUUGUUCUAUUUCUAGUGCACCCUUUUGUUUAAUUCAUCAGUAUAAAUACAUAGAGAAUGUUAACUUUCCAUUGAAUUUUUGGUUGCUUAACAAAGGUUGACAUGACAGAAGUUUUAUCUUA